CGUCGAACGGGACUGUUUGUUCUGGAUUUGGGGCGAGGAAGGUCUGCGAGCGCUGACAACCGACCGAAGAAGGCGCGCCACUCGCCUCUCCUCCUGUCUGUUGUGGUUUUCGUGCCCCCGGCGCCAUCGCUGACGAGCCUCACGUGUUACCUCGGGAAAUAGUCGCCUCCACGACCGAGAUAUGAUCACGCAGUCGGAUUAGAUCGCAGCUGAACGGCAAGCAACAUUGGAAGUCGGUGACGCUGACGUUCUCUCCGAUGUUUCCUCCAGAGCGUCGCGUCAGGACUGUAAUGGCCUGAGGGGCCUCCCGCCGGCCCCGCCUGCCCCUGCCAGGUCCAAUCCACCCAAACUCUCUGCUCAGCCUCUGCGACCCACCGCGGCGAUGGGAGACGGACUGGAGCCAGGCAGCAGCCAGAACCCCCCCUCUGCUGCGCCCCCCCUCCCCUUCAACCCCCCGGCGCCGGAAACGACCAGCGAAUCCAGACCCAAACGACAGACCAACCAGCUACAAUACCUGCUCAAAGUGGUGAUGAAGACAUUAUGGAAACACCAAUUUGCAUGGCCCUUUCAAGCUCCCGUAGACGCCAUCAAGCUCAAUUUGCCUGACUACUAUAAUAUCAUUAAGAACCCGAUGGAUAUGGGCUCCAUCAGGAAGCGUCUGGAGAACCACUACUACUGGAACGCACAGGAGUGCAUCCAAGACUUCAACACCAUGUUCACAAACUGCUACAUCUACAACAAGCCUGGGGAUGACAUUGUCCUGAUGGCAGAGGCCUUGGAAAAAAUCUUCCUCCAGAAGAUCACGGAGAUGCCGCAGGAGGAGACGGAGAUCGCCGUGGUCAACAAGGGCCGGAGAGCGGGCCGGCGGGACACAGGACUGAUCUCGAAGUCGGACUCGGGCCACGACUCGUCGUCGCCCUCCACCACGCCGCACACGCGGGGCUUCUCAUCCCCGAUGCCGACGCCGCAGACCCGGGCUCCGCCCACCCCCCAGGGCCCCCCCGCCCUGCCCCUGGUCCAGCCCUUAGCCCAGCCCCUGCUGCCCCUGCCCCUGCCCCUGCCCCUGCCCCAGCCCCUGCCCCUCGCCCAGCCCCCACGCGUCCCCCCGACUCCCACAAACCACGCGCCUCACCUCGGACCCCCGUUCGCCCUCUCGACGCCCGACGUCCUGGCCCAGGGCAUGACCGCCGUCCCCCCGCCCGCCAUGACGCACCCAGGCCUCCAUCCCGCCCCCUUACUGCAGAGCUCCCCCACCCUCAUCAAGCAAAGAAAAAGCCAGAAGAGGAAAGCCGACACUACGACGCCCACGGCCAACGACCAGCUCAGCGAGUCGUCCCCCGUCUCCGCCGAGGCCCGGCCGCGCCGCGAGAGCAGCCGCCCGUCGAAGCAGCCCAAGCGAGACCCGCUGCAGCCGGACUCCCAGCACCACCCGGGGGCCGGCGCGGAGACGGGCGGGAUGGCCACGCCCAAGCGCCAGGAGCAGCUGCGCUCCUGCGCCCGCCUCGUCAGGGAGAUGCUGUCCAAGAAGCACGUGGCGUACGCCUGGCCCUUCUACAAGCCGGUGGACGCCAAGGCGCUCGGCCUCCACGACUACCACGAGAUCAUCAAGCACCCCAUGGAUCUCAGCACCAUCAAGAAAAAGCUGGACAACAGACAGUACAGAGACGCUCAAGAAUUCUCGUCGGACGUCCGGUUGAUGUUUUCCAACUGUUACAAGUACAACCCGCCGGACCACGACGUGGUUUCCAUGGCUCGCAAACUACAGGACGUGUUUGAGAUGCGUUUUGCCAAGAUGCCCGACGAGCCAGACGAGCCCUCCCCCGUCCCCACCCCGUCCACGGCCCUCCACCCCGCCCCCUCCGCCCGACAAGCCCCGCCUCCUUCCGCCGUCUCCGAAGACGACAGCUCUACUUCCUCCGAAUCGGAGUCCUCGGCGGGCGACUCGGAACACGAACGGCAGCAGCGGCUGGCUGAGUUACAGGAACAGCUGAAAGCGGUCCACGAGCAGCUGGCAGCUCUCUCCCAGCCGCAGACCCUCAAACCCAAGAAGAAAGAGCGGGAGAAGAAGGAGAAGAAGAAAGAGAAGCACAAGAAGAAGGCGGGAUCCGAGGAAGCCGUGGAGACGCCUCCUCUUCCGAUGCUCCAGACGUCAAAGAAAACCAAGAACAGUAAAGAGCCCAUCACAGCCAAGAAGGACAGGAAAAAGUCCGGUAAGAAGGAAGGAAUUAAAAACAACCGGCCCGUCGUGGUGCCGCAGCCCGGGCCGACGCCGCUCGUCCCCUCGGCCGCCCUGGAAGCCGAGGACGACGUCGACGCCUUCGGGGCCGCGUCGGCCGACCGCUGCAAGCCCAUGUCGUACGAGGAGAAGCGGCAGCUGAGCCUGGACAUCAACAAGCUGCCCGGCGACAAGCUGGGCCGCGUGGUGCACAUCAUCCAGACGCGCGAGCCGUCGCUGAAGAACUCCAACCCCGACGAGAUCGAGAUCGACUUCGAGACGCUGAAGCCCUCCACGCUGCGGGAGCUGGAGAAAUACGUGUCCACCUGCCUCAAGAAGAAGAAGAAGCCGUCAGAAAAACCUCUGGAAAUGUCGAAUGUGACCAAGAUGAAGACCGGAUCCUCAUCUUCAGGCAGCAGCGACUCCUCUGACAGUGAAGACUCUGAGAAUGGGCUGGUUCCCAAACAACCGAAGAAGACUGUCAGGGACACGAAGAGACAGCAGCUGCAGUCGCCCGCCAACGCCGCGGGCCCGGCGGUCUCCCAGCCUCAGACUCAGCCGCUGGUGGUCCAGUCCAAACAGCCGUUCGUGCCCCCCAUCCCGGUCCCGGUCCCGGUCCCGGUGCCCUCCCUGGACUCCUCCCAGCUGUUGAACUCGGCAUUCGAUCCUCUGGCUCACUUCAUGAACCCUCACCUGACGCAGUCCAGCGCCGAGCCCAUCGCCGCCAUGGCGGCCGCUCCCGGAGCCGCCGUGGCCCCGGGCCUCCUCAACGCCGCCGCGCCCCCCAUCCAGACGCCCGCCGACACGCACCUGUUCCUCAACCAGCAUCCCAUCAUACCUUCCCCCGCGAUCCACAACGCUCUUCCCCAGCAGCCGUCUCGACCGAGCAACCGUGCAGCGCCGCUCCCCCCGAAGCCCCCGCCGCCUCCCCCGUCCUCGCUGGCCGCCCUGCCCCACUCCCCGCCCCCCCAGCUGCAGCCCCCGCUGCCCCUCAGCCUGCCGCAGCCGGUGCCGCGGCCCCGCGUGCCCUCGCCGCCGUCGCACGGCAUCCUGGACACCGUGCCGGCGCAGCCGCCGCAGGCGCUGCUGGAGGACGACGAGGAGCCGGCGCCCGCCCGCCCGGAGACCCCGCCCCUCAGCCAGGUGCACACCUUCCUGCAGUCGCUGCAGGCGCGGCCCGCCGUGCCGGCGCAGCCGCUGCACUCGCACUCGCACUCGCCCGCGCAGCAGCUCGCCCCCCAGCUGGUGGCGCCGGCGCACGCGCAGGGCCUGACGGCGGCCGCCCCCGCGCUGGCGCAGCGACACGGCCCGGGCCAGCCGCCGCCGCCGUUCACGCACGCGCCGCAGCAGCAGAAGGUCGGCGGCGGCGGCGGCAUCCUGCAGCAGAAGGUUCAGCAGCUGCAGCUGCACCAACAGCAGCCGUCGCCGCGCAGCAAAGCAGAGCCUUUCUCAACCGGUUGCUUGCGAGACAGCCCCUCCCCUCUGAUGAUGCACUCUCCUCAGAUGCCUCAGUUCCAUCCCAUGGGGCAGCAGUCGCCUCCCCAGACCAAGAAGCUUGAUCAGAGGUCCAUCCUGGUGGGGGUGAAGGAGGAGAAGCCCCCCCACUCCCCGGUCCUGCCCCCGUCCCCCUUCAGCCCCGCCGUUCGUCCAGACGCUCACAAACCCGACGGCAAACACCGAUUAGAUCUGAAGUCGCUGGACGCUUCGCGGCCCGCCUCCCGCCUCCCGGACUCGCCGGCGCCCCCCUGCUCCCAGCAGGAGAACAAAAUCAAGCAGGAGCCCAAAACUCCCAUCGCGCCCAAGAAGCCGCAGGUGUGUAUGAGAGCCGCCCCUCCCGCCGGCGCCGACCGGUCCGCUCACGGCCCGUCCCUCCCCACGCCGUCCCAGGACGCCAAGCUGAGGAACUGGGCCAGCCUGGUGCAGCGGCCCCAGUCCACGCCGGCGUCCGCCCAGCGCUCCUCCAGCGACAGCUUCGAGCAGUUCAAGCGCGCCCUCCGCGAGAAGGAGGAGCGGGAGCGGCAGCUGAAGGCGCAGGCGGAGCAGGCCCGCCGGGAGCAGGAGAAACUCCGCCGCGACGACGAGGACACCAUGGAGCAGGCCCGCCGGGCGCCGGACGACGUCCGCCGCCGCCAGGAGCAGCAGUCGCCGCUCGCCCCGACGCCGCCGGCCUCCACUCCGCCCACCCACUCCCCGCAGGCUCCGCCCACGCAGCCCCAGGCCCCGCCCCCGCAGUCGUCCUCCGCCGCACAGAACGCCCUGGACCAGCAGAGGGAGAUGGCGCGGCGCCGCGAGCAGGAGCGGCGCCGCAGGGAGGCGAUGGCCGACACCAUCGACAUCAACUUCCAGAGCGACCUGAUGGCCAUCUUCGAGGAGAACCUGUUCUGAGAGGAGGGACGGACCUGGAGACACACUCACUGAAUACACAACACGCAUUAUCACACGCACACACUCACACACACACACACAGAACACACCUGUCCGCUUUCUCUCUGAAGUUGAAACAGCUGGCUUGUAUCUUGUGAAUGAGAGAGGGGAGGAAGUGAAACGAGCGGAACCCUCUGUUCCUCCCGCUCCAGACGCGUUCCGGAGUCCGGAUUUGUGUCUCAGGUCGUCGGUUUUUGGUUUUUUUUUUUUUUGCACCUCACACAGACACAAACGCUGGGCUCCCGGGUCGGGUCGGGUCGGGGCGGGACUCGUGCCGCGACAAACGAACGAACAGCGAAGAGCAGGAUUUAAUUUAAAGAAAAUGGAGAAGGUUCCGGACGGGAGAGACGGGGAGCCUUUAGAGGAAACCCGAGCGUCGUGUUCGAGUCUGGGGUUCGCGAGGCGGGCGGAGUGUGUCAGGUGUGUGUGGUUCUCCCUCCUCCUCCUCCUCCUCCUCCUCCUCCUCCUCCUCCUGCUCCCUGUGAAGGAGAAGAAGAAGAGUGUGUCCUUUGCCUUAGCGCUCUGGCCUGUAAACUAACGAUCACACCCUACAAAUUAUACAUAUUAUAUAUAAAUAGAUACAUGAAUAUAUAUUAUAUACGACAAAAAGUCAAUAAAAAAAUAAACGAACAUGAGAGGGAUUUGGA